AUGCAGAUAGCUCCGCCCUCAUAUCCCACCUCUAUGACCCAGCAGCCAACAGAGUCUUACAAGGCUUAUACAGAGUUUCCUAGUGAUGUUGUGGAGGAAAACGGACAGCAAUCAAGAAAAUCCCUGAUCCGAGUGGGAGAUCUUCUCAACAUCGAUGUGCAGGAACUAAUCUUGCAAUGGGCUCACCAGGAUAUUCCCAAAAUUACAAAGGCAUAUCCCUUGAAGGGAGGAUGGGAAGGCCGGGCGCAAGUCGAGAUCGCCAUCCUGAUUGGAAAUUAUUACGCUCAGGCCGCUGCGACGGUGCUGGGCCCUACGACGACCGUCACUUUGAGUAGAGAGGUCGCCUUCUACGAAUCGUCGCCGCCCCAGCGCGCCGACAUUGUUGUAACUACCUCAGACGGCCCCAGGGAUGAUUAUGUUAUCAUCGAGCUGAAGUGUGAGGGCGCUUUCAACACGCCCAAUUUCACACAGGGUGUCACGACCGACGUGAAGAAGAUCGAGGCGGGCAUCAAGCCAGCGUUCUGGCUCGCAAAACGGUUCGCGCACGCGAUCACCACGAGCGAAGAGGGAUACCAGCAGAUGCAAAAUGCGGGAUAUACGAGGAAUGAUCAGGUGUUGCUCUCCGUCCCCGGGGGGGUGCGAAGAUUGUACUGUGGACGUUCGAGGCCGAACUGUAUGAUGCGGCUUCGGUGGAACUAG